UACUCAGACACUAGGUGCAGUAGACUGUGUUUCUGUUGGGUUUAAUGAUGCCAGAUCCUUUACUCAGACACUAGGUACAGUAGACUGUGUUUCUGUUGGGUUUAAUGAUGCCAGAUCCUUUACUCAGACACUAGGUACAGUAGACUGUGUUUCUUUUGGGUUUAAUGAUGCCAGAUCCUUUACUCCGACACUAGGUACAGUAGACUGUGUUUCUGUUGGGUUUAAUGAUGCCAGAUCCUUUACUCAGACACUAGGUACAGUAGACUGUGUUCUGUUGGGUUUAAUGAUGCCAGAUCCUUUACUCAGACACUAGGUACAGUAGACUGUGUUUCUGUUGGGUUUAAUGAUGCCAGAUCCUUUACUCAGACACUAGGUACAGUAGACUGUGUUUCUGUUGGGUUUAAUGAUGCCAGAUCCUUUACUCAGACACUAGGUACAGUAGACUGUGUUUCUGUUGGGUUUAAUGAUGCCAGAUCCUUUACUCAGACACUAGGUACAGUAGACUGUGUUUCUGUUGGGUUUAAUGAUGCCAGAUCCUUUACUAAGACACUAGGUACAGUAGACUGUGUUUCUGUUGGGUUUAAUGAUGCCAGAUCCUUUACUAAGACACUGGGUGCAGUAGACUGUGUUCUGUUGGGUUUAAUGAUGCCAGAUCCUUUACUCAGACACUAGGUGCAGUAGACUGUGUUUCUGUUGGGUUUAAUGAUGCCAGAUCCUUUACUCAGACACUAGGUGCAGUAGACUGUGUUUCUGUUGGGUUUAAUGAUGCCAGAUCCUUUACUCAGACACUAGGUACAGUAGACUGUGUUUCUGUUGGGUUUAAUGAUGCCAGAUCCUUUACUCAGACACUAGGUGCAGUAGACUGUGUUUCUGUUGGGUUUAAUGAUGUCAGAUCCUUUACUCAGACACUAGGUGCAGUAGACUGUGUUUCUGUUGGGUUUAAUGAUGCCAGAUCCUUUACUCAGACACUAGGUACAGUAGACUGUGUUUCUGUUGGGUUUAAUGAUGCCAGAUCCUUUACUCAGACACUAGGUACAGUAGACGGUGUUUCUGUUGGGUUUAAUGAUGCCAGAUCCUUUACUCAGACCCUAGGUACAGUAGACUGUGUUUCUGUUGGGUUUAAUGAUGCCAGAUCCUUUACUCAGACACUAGGUACAGUAGACUGUGUUCUGUUGGGUUUAAUGAUGCCAGAUCCUUUACUCAGACACUAGGUACAGUAGACUGUGUUUCUGUUGGGUUUAAUGAUGCCAGAUCCUUUACUCAGACACUAGGUGCAGUAGGUUGUUGAAGGGUUGCUGGUUAGUUACGUAAUGUCACCAUCAUCAGUCACCUUUGUCACAGUCUGGGAAUGUGGUUCAGUAGGACUUGUCACAGUCUGGGAAUAUGAUUCAGUAUGACUUUUCACAGUCUGGGAAUGUGGUUCAGUAGGACUUGUCACAGUCUGGGAAUAUGAUUCAGUAUGACUUGUCACAGUCUGGGAAUAUGGUUCAGUAGGACUUGUCACAGUCUGGGAAUGUGGUUCAGAAUGACUUGUCACAGUCUGGGAAUGUGGCUCAGAAUGACUUGUCACAGUCUGGGAAUGUGGCUCAGAAUGACUUGUCACAGUCUGGGAAUAUGGUUCAGUAUGACUUGUCACAGUCUGGGAAUGUGGUUCAGUAUGACUUGUCACAGUAGACUGCCAAUAGAUAUCUGUGUGAAAUGUGCCAAAUAAUCCUGACUGUUGUGUUAUUACCAAACUCCCCAAUAAGACCCAAACCAGCAGUCAUUUCCCCACUGUGUUACAUCCCAAACCAGCAGUCAUUUCCCCACUGUGUUACAUCCCAAACCAACAGUCAUUUCCCCGCUGUGUUACAUCCCAAACCAGCAGUCAUUUUCCCUGCUGUGUUACAUCCCAAACCAGCAGUCAUUUUCCCUGCUGUGUUACAUCCCAAACCAGCAGUCAUUUUUCCUGUUGUGUUACAUCCCAAACCAGCAAUCAUUUUCCCUGCUGUGUUACAUCCCAAACCAGCAGUCAUUUUCCCGCUGUGUUACAUCCCAAACCAGCAGUCAUUUUCCCGCUCUGUUACAUCCCAAACCAGCAGUCAUUUUCUCGCUGUGUUACAUCCCAAACCAGCAGUCAUUUUCCCUGCUGUGUUACAUCCCAAACCAACAGUCAUUUUCCCUGCUGUGUUACAUCCCAAACCAGCAGUCAUUUCCCCGCUGUGUUACAUCCCAAACCAGCAGUCAUUUCCCUGCUGUGUUACAUCCCAAACCAGCAGUCAUUUCCCUGCUGUGUUACAUCCCAGACCACCAGUCAUUUUCCCCGUUGUGUUACAUCCCAAACCAGCAGUCAUUUCCCUGCUGUGUUACAUCCCAGACCACCAGUCAUUUUCCCCGUUGUGUUACAUCCCAAACCAGCAGUCAUUUUCCCUGCUGUGUUACAUCCCAAACCAGCAGUCAUUUCCCCGCUGUGUUACAUCCCAAACCAACAGUAAUUUCCCCGCUGUGUUACAUCCCAAACCAGCAGUCAUUUCCCUGUUGUGUUACAUCCCAAACCAGCAGUCAUUUUCCCCGUUGUGUUACAUCCCAAACCAGCAGUCAUUUUCCCCGUUGUGUUACAUCCCAAACCAGCAGUCAUUUUCCCCGUUGUGUUACAUCCCAAACCAGCAGUCAUUUUCCCUGCUGUGUUACAUCCCAAACCAGCAGUCAUUUUCCCUGCUGUGUUACAUCCCAAACCACCUGUCAUUUUCCCUGCUGUGUUACAUCCCAAACCAGCAGUCAUUUCCCCGCUGUGUUACAUCCCAAACCACCAGUCAUUUUCCCUGCUGUGUUACAUCCCAAACCAGCAGUCAUUUUCCCUGCUGUGUUACAUCCCAAACCACCUGUCAUUUUCCCUGCUGUGUUACAUCCCAAACCAGCAGUCAUUUCCCUGCUGUGUUACAUCCCAAACCACCAGUCAUUUCCCCGCUGUGUUACAUCCCAAACCAGCAUUCAUUUUCCCUGCUGUGUUACAUCCCAAACCAGCAGUCAUUUUCCCUGCUGUGUUACAUCCCAAACCAGCAGUCAUUUCCCCGCUGUGUUACAUCCCAGGCACCAGUCAUUUCCCUGCUGUGUUACAUCCCAAACCACCAGUCAUUUUCCCUGCUGUGUUACAUCCCAAACCAGCAGUCAUUUCCCCGCUGUGUUACAUCCCAGGCACCAGUCAUUUCCCUGCUGUGUUACAUCCCAAACCACCAGUCAUUUCCCCGCUGUGUUACAUCCCAAACCAGUAUUAUAACCAAACUCCAAGUAAGAUGUCAAAUCCUCUCAACCGUUCUCUCCACGCUGAAGAAAGACAAGUCAUGUUCCUUUUAAACAUCGCAAAUAAUGAAAACAAUAGAUAAAAAUUCUUAUCAGUUCAUAUUCCGUUUAUUUAUUUUCAAUUAUUUAUUUUAAAUAUAUAAACGGAACUUCAUAGGAAUGUAUAUAUGCUACCUGUAAACCCCACCCCCCCACCCCCCAUAAAAACAUGUCAAACAAAAUCUAAAUGUGGUCACAAAACAAACAUUGUUACAAUGUUGACAUUUAUAUAGCUGGUGACGUAGAAUAUCAUUUACAAACCCAGACAUUUAUAUAGCUGGUGCUUGUACCCUACAGACUAGCCCUUAGUUCACACACUUGGUCCCUUCAUAGAGUACUUGGUCCCUUCAUUGGGACCAUGUGGUCCCUUGUGGCUCAGUUGGUAGAGCAUGGCGCUUGCAACGCCAGGGUUGUGGGUUCAAUUCCCACGGGGGGACCAGGGUUCAAUUCCCAUGGGGGGACCAGGAUGAAUAUGUAUGAACUUUCCAAUUUGUAAGUCGCUCUGGAUAAGAGCUUCUGCUAAAUGACUUAAAUGUAAAUAGUGCACUUGGUAGUUCACCCCAUAGUGUUUUCCCAGCAGCCCUGCCUUGUUGACUAGUAUGGGUCCAUUCCCACUUGGGCACCGACGUCUAUUCCACGUUGGCUCAACGUCAUUUCAUUGAAACGACGUGGAAACAACGUUAAUUCAACCGUGGUGUGCUCACUGGGUCCUUUAGGAGCAGCUCUGUCUAUACAUUAGAGCAACACCAUCUCAGGAGGGGAACUGGGUUUUAUCUUCCUGGAGAAUAAUACCCUUCAUAAUAAUAGUGAUGAACUGCCGUACAAAGCCACGUUGGUUUCUUCUUCUGCUGUUGGUGUUUCCAGGUUUAAAGAGAUCCUGUGUGCUGCGUUCCUGUCCUUCUGGGGGGGAACUGUACUCCGCUGGAGAUUUAUUUCUCUAUAAAAAGAGUGUAUUAUUGUGUUGGACUUUUACCUUUGUAUGUAUAAACACUACGUUAUCAGCC